AUGGCUCAAGCAGUUCCACAUUUCCUUCAAGCAUGGGUGUCUCUGCUAAUGAGCCGCAGGAAACAGAUGGAAAGCCUCGAGGAGCGUCUGAGGAGCCUGGAGCAACUCAUCAAAAUAUCUGUCGUGGCAAAAAUUACAGAGAGCACGCAAGAACGAGCUGGCGCCCUGACGCCGUCGUCGAUCCCCUCGACAGCAUCUUCGGUCGAGCAGAAUUUGUUCGCACCAGACGCUUUACAACCAGAUGCCGCAUUGAGUAACAUCAGGAGCAACGGUGGCACUUCCCCGACCCUAUUACAAGCGCUUCGCUUCGAUCCCUGUGGGACAUCAGCUCCCGACUUUCCGCCGUCCACAGACGCCUCUCAAGACUGGAGCACGCCUGAGGCGAACACAUUCUAUGGCCUCAGUGCUCCCGCGCUGGCGACGACGGAUGCUGAACUGAUUCCUCGGAUCCGGUACAAUGGCGCGAAGAGAUGCUCCUUGCCGCCAGUUCAGGGAGGCAUGUUCCUGCUUCAGGAGUUCUUGGUCGACUUCAAUACAGCCAUUCCGAUCUUCGAUGCUGCUGUUAUCAGCUCACUCUUCCAGAGAUCCUACGACAAUAUGGCCGCAGGCGUAGCCAUCGAAUGGGUCGCAAUUAAGGUUGUUCUUGCCAUCGCACACCGCCUACGAUCCAUGAGUCCCUUGGGUGUACCGCAAGACUCGGAAAAUGCCAGCAUGUAUCUACAAGAAUCGCUGGACGUGGUACCGGAAUUGCUCAUGCUGCGACCUUCGCUGCUUCUGGCCCAAUGUUUCCUAGGUAUCGCGUGCGUUAUCUCAACUUCCUCACGCCCUUACCCAGCACAGGUCUUUGUGAGCCUCGCCCUCCGUGUCAUUCAAGACCUGCACGUCAAUGACCCCAAGAGCCCCAGAUUAAUAGACACUCCCGAGUUGCUCCAGCAGCAACGUGUGUUCUGGGUGGCAUACUUUAUGGACACAGAUAUGGCUGUGAGAGCUGGGCGGCUACCCGGCCUGAGUCCGAGACUCAUAAACGUGCCACUGCCCAGCGACGAGGACCCGGCUGGAGAGAUUGCUGCCGAUGGCGGGCAGUUCAGAGCCAAUGUGUUCCGCUUGCACGUGGAGUUGGCUCUACUGCAGGCCGACUUCAUGGAACAAGUAUUGCUGCCCCGAGGCGGUCGGAGUUCUGAUUGUCCAGAAGACGCUGAGCUACGCUCCAUCAAUGCGAGGCUGGAUGACUGGCGACGGAACUGGCUGUUUGAACUUGAUGCCCAAGAUCUUCGUACGGCCUUGCACCGUUCGGACCUGGUCCACGUGGUUUUGUUGGAGUCGACCUAUUUCUCGACUGCGUACGCCUUCCGCGCUUAUAUAGCACCCGUUUCAAGGACAGGCCACAAUCCCUUCUCUGCUGAGGGGUUGUUGGAGGGAAUGUCAAAGCAGAAGGCUCAGAUCUUGUACAAGGGCGCGCGAAGGUUUAUCGACCUCCUCGGAUUGAUACCGGGGGGUGAUAUCGCAAGCAACUGGUGA